AUGCACGAUGCACUCCGUGACCUGUUCAACUGCUGUCUCACAUUUAACCAUAAGAAGAUCCCCUUGCAGAGGCUGAAGAGCUAUGGAAUCACCAGUAGCCAGUGUCUGCAGGCAGCUGUCCUCUUUAGAACCAAACUGGCCGAGGACAUCAGUGCCAACCCAAAGGAGCAAUGGGUCUGGAAUUAUAUGAAACACCUGGGUCAGAAACCUCACACCGUGAAGACUUGGACUCUUUUGGCCACACUAAGACCAAGCCAGAGGCUGAGAAAUGAUUCUUCUCCCCCAGGCUUCCUGUCUCUAUCCUGGACUAAAUUGACCUGA